ACGGCGCGGACGUCAACGCGCGCUUAUGCAAAAACAAACAAAAGCAAAACGUAAAAUACGAGAAAAAACGGAAAUCAACUCCAGUGAAAGAAAACUGUGGCGGCGGCGGCGUGUAAGGAAAGUGAAGUUCGGCAAGCUUAAAAGCCAAGCCAAGUGUUCGCGAGACGAACUCACAACUCAAACCGACGAAAAAUUCACGAAUUUUUUCUACUCACAUCACAAAUUGGCCAACCAAGUUGCACAGCGCCGUGUGUCGCGCAUUCAUUUGUGAGUUGCGCGUUAAAGUGAGAGUUUGUGUCUUAAGUCUUUUGAUUUCCCAACAGAGCUGCGGCUCAAAACUAAACAACUUGUAAAGCGAUUUCAGUGCAUAGUUGGUGGUUUCUCAUUCACUCUGCCAACACUUGAAAUAUUAAAAAAAAAUAUAAAAAAGCGAAAAACUUGUCUGCCGUUGUGGUUUCAUGCUGUUGCCAAAUUUUGUGUUUAACGAAAAUGGCGCAGGUGAAUGAACGUAAGCUGCUGCUUCCACUUGUACUCCUCACUGCAUGCAUUUGCGCGUGCGCAUUCAAUGCAGCCGAGGCAAAACGAUUAAACGCAAACCUUACCGCCUGCCAGCAUCUACGACGUGUUGAGACUAGGCGUGCCAAAGCUUUAUUUCCCAAUGAAAAGGCGCUCGCCAUUCGUAUACCGCGUUGUAGCAAAACCGGAGAUUUCGAACAGAUUCAAUGCCGAAACGAACGAGAAGGUCUAGAUUGUUGGUGCAUUGAUGAGUAUGGCGUGGAAAUACCCGGCACACGUAACGUGUCGAAAUCGGUUGUGCGUUGUGCCGAACCCACACUUUGCCCAGCUUCUGCCUGUCGUAUGUUCUGUCCAGCCGGUUUCGCACGUGAUGCCGAAACUGGCUGCAGUGUCUGUCGUUGCCGUGAUCCAUGCGAAAAUGUCGUGUGUCCCAAUGGGCAAUCGUGUCAACCACAAGAGGUGAAAUGCAAAAUUGAACCAUGUCCACCGGUGCCCACUUGCAAGAAGGCGCGUUCUUUGUCUACUUAUUGCCCCGCUGGCAUGCCACUUGCCAUUGAGGGUAGCAUAAGACCGUUCCUCUGUGGCAAUGAUCAGGGUAAGCCGCAAUGUCCACCGCUUUAUCAGUGCAUGGUGGAGACUGGUAAUGAGUAUGGCGUUUGUUGUCCUAGCACUGUGAAAUUCUCAAAACCCGGUAUUUGUCCGGCACAAGAUAAAGUUGAGUACAGUGAACGUACUGGCUAUAUGUGCGGUUCUCCAUGCAAUAGCGAUCUUGAAUGUGCAAAUAUGGAGAAAUGUUGUUUAACGAAGGGUUGUCAAUUCAAUUGUCAACAGCCUUUCAAUGUGACUACAUGUCAUCAGGCGCGUGCACUCUCCGAUAUUAUUGCGGUCAACGAGCGUGAAGGGCGCGGCUAUCAACCGGAUUGCAACGGUCCCGGUGGUUUGUUCUCACCUCGUCAGUGCUCACGCAAUGGUUUAGUGUGUUGGUGUGUUGAUCCUCGUACUGGUCAUAAAAUUCAAGGUACAAUGGGUCCUGCGAAUGAAAUUAACUGCGAUGGUUGGGAGAAUAUGAUAAGUCAUUCGUUGGCUAGAAGUUUCAAUAUGGAGAAAUGUGAUACGAAUAUUUGUGCUGCCGUUUGUGAAUAUGGUUUUAAGAAUGAUCACAAUGGCUGUCCGUCGUGUGAAUGCUCUGAACCUUGCGAAGGCUUUAAGUGCGCAAUCGGCUCGCACUGUGAAGUUGCCACAGAUCCAUUAUGUGAGUCUGGUUCGUCUCUGUGUGCCUCUUGGCCCGUUUGUAAACCAGAUCUGGUGUAUUCGAAUCCUUGUGAAGUGGGUGCGCCAUUAGCAGAUAAUAUAACCGGCGAGGUUAUGUAUUGUUUUGAAGAGCGACAAUCCAGAGCAUUCCAGCCAACAGCAUUCUUCGAACCGGGUCCAGAAAUUAAGCAGUCACGUUCGAUGACAAAUCGUAUUACGUGCCCGGAUAAUUUUAAAUGUUUGAAAUUACCACACGAUACAGAAAGUGUUUGCUGUCCAACACCAGAGGAGGUGGUCCCCAAAGAUGAGCAGACGGCACACCAGCAAACGAUGUGUGAAUAUUUAAGAGACUUUUCCGAGCGUAUGGAAGGUACCGAAGAAGGUAUGCAAUUGGCUAUACCAGCACCGCGCUGUACGGACGAUGGCAACUAUAUGGAGCGUCAGUGUACGAUGAAGAAAAUACGAGUUACACGCGCUGAACAACGUCAGAUUCUAGAGGAGAAUACAAUCAGACGCAUGCGAAUGCUACUGAAGAGCGCGAAUGAAAGACAAAUUCGUGAGAAACGACAAGUGGAACGCUUGAAAUUGUACCGUGUUAACGAUGACGCGCUAAAGGUGCACAUUGCUGCGCCAAUCCAGAGUCGUAAUGCCAAAGUGAUAGAUAUGGGCGCUGAUCGCGCACAGAGCUUAGGUCAGCUGUUUGAAGUGGAGUUUAAGAAAGUUAUGCCAGCACCGAAACAGUCGUUAUCGGACAAUGAAUUGGUGGACAUCGAGGUGGAGGAAUGUUGGUGUGUUGACAGUUUUGGCACUGAAAUACCAAGUACGCGUGGCUAUAAUUUAACUGAUACGGAAUGUGGACGCGUACGCGAAUCCAUUGACUGUUUAGAUUUGACAUGUCGCAUGGGCUGUGAGUAUGGUUUUACACUGGAUCCCAACACACGGUGUCCAGCCUGUCAGUGUCGUGAUCCUUGCGAUGGAGUCGUAUGUGGCGAUGGUAAAGAGUGUCGCAUCGUCGAUGUCUCUUGUGACGAAGAGUAUUGUCCACCAGUGCCCGCAUGUUUGCCACGCAAACCCGGUCAAUGCCCAUUCCUCGUGCCACCGGGUCCCGACAAUCUGGACGCCAAUACUUGUGCGUAUGAAUGUCGCACCGACUCCCAUUGUGAGGGUCACAAACGUUGCUGCUCGAAUGGCUGUGGUACUCAGUGCGUGCUUCCGCAAAUGAAAACGGCUUGCCAACACCUGCAUACAAUACAGAUGCACCAAGCUUCCGAGCUGGGUAUACCGGCAAUGAAAAUGCACAUUGCUCAAUGCGAUCCACACACCGGUAAAUGGAAUGAGAAGCAAUGUUCACCCGAUGGGCACUGUUGGUGUGUUGAUGACAACGGUUGGGUGUUGCCUGGUACGCGCGUCAAAGCAGCAACGCCAAUUUGUAAGCGGAACUCAAUGUUUGCUUGCGCCGAAACACAGUGCGACAAGAAGUGUGAGGCGGGCUAUAAAACCGAUCCACACGGUUGUCCAACUUGUGAGUGCAGAGAUUUUUGCGAUGAGAUCAAUUGUGCCAGCAGCGAGGAGUGUCAACUGAUCAACGUCGAGUGUGUUGAUUCACCGUGUCCAAAAAUGCCGAUAUGUGUGCCGCGUCGGAUAUCUGUUUGCCCGGAAGGUAAUCCUCUGCGACAAGGCGAUCUUGAGGUGAGUUGUGGACCACACAAUGACAACGAGGCUUGUCCCACAACACACACUUGCCAACUUAAUCCGGUGACACAUCGUGGCGUUUGCUGUUCAAAAACAAGAGAUGUAUGCUUUGAAUCCAUGGACAAUGCAUGUUUGGCAACUAUGCAAUCUGAACGGAAUGUGACUCGCUACCGAUUUAGCCCGAAGUCAAAUAGAUGCUUAACCGUCACUAUAGAUCUAGACGCGAGCAAUUGUCAAACCAAGAAUCUAUUUCACAGUGAACUAGCCUGCAAUUCAGUUUGUCCAGUUUUAACUUCAUGUGAACGUCUCAAGCUGAAGAAUAGCUUGGCUGCACAGCACACGGGUUACACAUCUGUAUGGUUUCAGCCACGCUGUGAUCCCAUUACCGGACAUUGGAGUCCAGUGCAAUGUUUAGGCGCACAGCCGUCGCUCAAUAAAGAGUCAGCAACACCAGCGAACGACUUGGGCAGUGCAACCAAACAGCAGCAUACCAGAAAAGCAUUCUCAUCCACUAAUGGCGUAUGUUGGUGUGCCGACAAGAAGGGAGCACCACUCAAAGGUACUCUGACACGUGACAUUGAGCCAAUUUGCAAUAGUCGACAAGGUCGUCAGAGUAAAUCAUUCAAUGUUGACGAUCAGCUGAUGGAAGAAGUGAUCAGACAAAUGACAACAAUGGUCGAUAUCGAAGAAUAUGAGUUGGAGGAGCAUACACAAGACGCUGGCGUGGGUGCUCCACUAUACAGUAAUAGAAAUGCAAAUGGUGCCGGGCGUAGUUUGGAUGACAAUAUGGCGGUCGAAAGUGAGUAUCAUGAAACACCGGCGGGUGUGAGAUUAAAGGCCGCGGCAGUGCCGAACAGUGGCGCCGAAGCAUAUGUUACGGAGCACAUACUCGCAUUAGCCAACUCAUUGCUGGACUCUCAGCUUAGUAUUGAGGCAUUGAAGCCCAUGCCAGUGGAGACGACACGCUGUCGCGCACUGGCUGAAACUGCACACUUUCCAGUGGCUUGCGAUGAACACGGCGCAUUCCUGCCGACACAGUGUAAUAGCAAAACAUGUUGGUGUGUCGAUGCGGCCGGCAAUCAAUUGGAUACAUCCAAUAUGUUCCGACAGGGCACACACAACUGCCCGGAGACACCAAUCGCCUCUGUGGCAAUUGAAUUGCACAUGGUAAAUCGCACAAAUCGAAAUAUACGCAACGCCUAUGACACCAUACGCAGAGAACUAUAUCAACUGCUUGGCGAUGCCGUGGAGAACUUGCGCGUGCAAGAGAAUUUCGAUGGUUCUGUCAUUGUACGCUUCGAACUGCAUAAUGAAGCGAAAAUCGACUAUGCCUUCGCCAUUGAAUCGGCUAUCAAUGCGAAUCGUUUCAAUUUAGUCGGUGGCCACUUUACACCGGACAUUUCGCGCUCACACUUCAUACAUCGCAGCAUGAAUCCACCGGUAGCAACAGCGGUGUCACAUGAGAGUACGAUACAGCUAGUUUUAUUCAUUAUCGCAACGAGUUCGGCGUUUCUAGUCAGUAUCUUUGUCGUCUAUGUUAUGCUAAAGCGCGGAAAGCGCACCAAAGUACUAACCGAUCAUUAUGGUUAUCCGGUUUAUGCUGAGGAAAGUGUCACUAAAGGUGUAGGCGGUGGAGAUAAGGCAGUGGAUUACACGGCACCGAUCUUUGUGCUGAGUUCGCACGAACACGACUCAAUCAACGUGUCCAAAUAGGAAGCAUUAAAAUUU